CCUCUCUCUCUCUCUCUCUCUCUCUCUCUCUCCAUCUCUAUCCGACGCGGGUGAAAUUUGCGGAAACUCCCCACCGACGCAGCGGUCAGCGACGUCUCAGCUCAAAUCAGGGCUUCUCAAUUGUAUGCUUUGGCAGUUCCUAAUAGCAUUUAGAGGAGAAAGCCGAUUCCUUUUGAUUGAUUUUGUAUUUUGUAAGGUUAUACGGUUUCAAUCUGAGAAUUUUCCAUCGUUUGUUGACGAUUAAUGCUCCGUCGUGUUUGAAGCUAACUUGAGGUCUAUGCCCCGAUUUUUUACUUCAAUGACAAGAUAUGAUCAAAAUGAGCAAGGGAUCUUGCUAAUUCAGUGGUGAUGAGAAUUUUGGAGUUGGGGUUUGGUAAGGAGGUUGAAUUUGUUACCAAUGGGUUUGAGGUAUAUAGCCAUCUCCGCUGCAUGUACAGCGAUAAGCUUUGCGGGCCUCCAGUUGUGGACGGAAACUUCUUUAGUUAAACUAAAAUCGGAUGGACUAAUUGCGGAGAAUUUGAUUAAUGCUGCCAAUUUUGGCCAUGUAUUUGAUCUGCUUUUGGGUUCUUAUACUACCGUUGGACUGCUGGCAAAUUUUGUACUCAAUGCAUUCAUUUUACUCGUUUUAUGUCUCAAGACUAUAUUCUUUGUGGAGUUGUAUUCUUCUGAAACUCGCAAAUUAAUCGAACGCCUUAUCAAUUAUGUUAUUUACAAGGGCACUUUUCUACCUCUGGUCAUUCCUCCUACAAUAUAUCAUGCGGGCCUGUGGUCAGUCUGGUUGAUUGUUCUUUGUUCUUUAAAGAUGUUUCAAGCUUUGGCUCGAGAUCGACUUGAACGGUUGAAUGCAUCCCCUUCUGUCACACCAUCGACAUAUUUUCGUGUGUAUUCAGUGUUAUUGCUGGUGCUGACUGUUGACAUUUUCUGGAUAAGGCUGUGUGUGGUGAUAUAUAAAACACUGGGUGUAUCUAUGUUUCUCUUGUUAUUAUUUGAGCCUUUCAGUAUUGCAUUUGAGACAUUGCAGGCUAUUUUGGUGCAUGGAUUUCAGUUACUUGAUAUAUGGAUCCAUCAUUCAGCAUGGAACAGUUCAAAUUGCGAGAGGUCCAAAUUAUUUGAUACAUCAGCAGUUGGUUUAUUGUUGGAAUGGAAAGGCAGUCUUACUCGGAAUUUGGGCUUUGUUCUUGAUAUGGCAACAUUGUUAAUGGCCCUUGGUCACUACGUGCAUAUUUGGUGGUUUCAUGGCAUGGCAUUCCAUCUGGUGGAUGCAAUCCUUUUUCUAAACAUACGUGUAAAUAUUUGUGCCUUGCUAAGUUCAAUUGUAAAACGUAUAAAAGGGUUCAUCAAACUGAAGAAAGCCUUAGGUGCUCUUCAUGCAGCACUUCCAGAUGCAACAUCUGAAGAACUACGGGCAUAUGAUGAUGAAUGUGCAAUUUGUAGGGAACCUAUGGCUAAGGCCAAAAGACUACACUGCAGUCACCUUUUUCAUCUUGCAUGCUUGAGAUCUUGGUUGGAUCAAGGUUUGAAUGAGAUCUAUUCAUGUCCGACUUGUCGCAAGCCACUUUUCGGAGGUAGACCUGAAAAUGAAGUACAUCCCCGCAGUGAAGAAACUUCGAGUGAUGAGCAGCUUGCUCGUCAAAUAAGUUUAGGACUUGAUCGACAAAAUACUCCUGGACAUGCAAUACCUGCUGGUGUGUUUCCCAAUCAGACUCAGAGCCCUGCGGAAGGCGAUCCAUGGAGAGGUACAGGACUGGAUUCAGAUUGGUUGCAUACUUGGCCAAGCCAGGGAGUUGACGGGGCAGGUCCUUCUACAGCUAUGGGAUCUGUUGGACUGGGGAGAGUUCAGAUGAUGAUGAGGCAUCUUGCAUCUGUAGGGGAGGCGUAUGCCCACACGGCCCUUGAAGAUGGUGCGUGGAGCCUCUGGCCUAUGAAUGCCCCUCAGGUUGCUGCAACUGGUCCACCGAUUCCUCCUGCAGACGGUGGAAGAAACCAAGGAGGAGCACGAAAUUUACAUAUGAGGACCCCCGCACGUACUGUGAAUGACAACCUCGCAAACAUACUUGCUAUGGCUGAGACGGUGAGGGAAGUUCUGCCUCAUAUGCCGGAUGACCUAAUUUUCCAGGAUUUGCAGCGAACAAAUUCAGUUACCGUUACUGUGAAUAAUCUUCUCCAAAUGUGACGAGGCGUUGUAUCUUCUUUUGUUGUAACGUGUUCCCAAGUCCUCGAAAAGUAGUUGAUGUUGUCUGAACACCACAGAUCGUCCUCUGUGAGACUGUUUCCCCACCCACAUUGUACAUAAAGGCAGCUCACCGGAUCACUUUUACUGGAGGAAAGAAGGAAAAGAGGCACAAGUAUAGUUUCUUUUUUUUUUUUUUUUACUUCCCUUGUGAAAAAUAAAUUUUAGACGUUGUGUAUGGUUUACAGAUGAACGUAUUGUUGUUUCCUACGUGGUUUUGAAUUGGCCAUUCGAUUGGCUCGGCCACACGAAUUGGUGCGUAGACGAAA